UCUUCCUGUGGACCCCCACCCCCACCACCCCCCUCCAUUGGACUUCUUCUUCCCUCUCCUCCUCUUCGCAUGCACUCGCUGCGACUCCGCGUGACCCAGUUGCUGAAUUUCCCGGUUCUAGAACCAAUUUGUCUAAAUCUGGAGUGGUUUUUUCACACAAUGUGCGCGGCUUGCUCGUAUGACAGCACGGGGUAUGGAUGGCGGGGGCCAGUGUCUGCGCAUCUUCAGUUUUGGUGCACUAAAUCGUUUGAGAUAGCGAAUGAUUGCGAGACAUGCGAGGGUGAAGUAAAAAAGUGCAGACCGUUCUGAUGACUAGACUGCAAGCGAGUUUUUUCUGAACCAAAACCUACCUCUCUAGUUCGUAAUUGAGUACAACUUGUUGAAUGUGAUACAGAGAUUAUAUCUCAGCGGAAGUUAACUAAUCAAGAGCAGCGCGUGUGACCUAACCAGCGCUGUGUACUGCGCCUGUCAUGUUGGAGGUUUUUUCGCUGUAUACCCAGAAUUGACAGACUUUACAUCCAAGUUUAUCGUGAUACAGGGGUGAAGUGCUAUGAAUCAGUCGGCGUUCUCAAGCACUUUGGCAGCGCCAGUCUCAUCUUGUCCAGUUAGGUUCUCCAAGGCAAUUCCAGGAUGCGCAAGAUACAAUUUCUGGCCACAUGGUGCGUCAAAAAACUGCGUACUGUUGGAGGGCGCUGCAGCUCGUUUCGAGGCAAACUUGAAAACCAGUCGUAGGUGUAGGCAAAAGUUCUCUUUUUUGCGUAUUUCGAGGUUGCAAAAGGACGUUCGUGCGUCCUUUGAUGACGAGUUUCGGUCAUCACAAAGCAUAGCACUUGGUUUACACAAGCGUUACAAGAGUGUUCUCCAAGGUGGCAUCGCAAACAAUUUGCAUGAUUUUAUAGAGGCAGGGGUGACGGCAUAUUCAGUAGGAUGCACUACAGAAGAUUUACGGAAGGAGUUAUUGAACAUUGGUACCCGUGAAGCGGAUCUUGAAGAUACUCCUGUUUCUACAGGUUCUGUUGGAAUCAAAACUAAGUUGGCAGCUGAAGAGGUGGAAGAAUGCAUCCUAUGGACUUCCAUACUAUUUAUCACCAUUCAAUGCACCCCACAACCGACAGUAGUGCGUUGGUCAAGUACACCUCCCGUCACAGCAGAGGCUCAGAUUCAAUGGCGUGGCUUUUGUGAGUUGAUUGCGAAAGCAUACUACGAACGCGGCAUGGCCUGGAUGUCUGUCAAGCCGCUUCAGAUGGAGCAAAUGGCCGUUUCCGGAUAUGCAGAAGAGCCUUCUUUAGUUGCUGACCGCAUGCGCUUAGUGUUUGCCACUCUUGAGGUAGUGAGUCCACAGUGGCCUAAAAGAUAAGCAGAUUGGAGAGUAGGAGCCACUGAUCAACUACCAGGUUCUGAUUGAAAUGGACUAAGCGUAUCUACAUGCAAAUAUUUGUUUGUGGAAAUGGGAAGAAAGAGCCGCAGGCUUUGCAACCUUUCA